AUGUCGCUCACGCACUGCAGCGCGCGGGGUGCGGAGUUCAGGGAACCUCUCUGCUUUUUACCGCCUGUCGAGGACCCUGAUUCCCAACCCCCUAGUAGUAAGCGGCCACGUCUAACGGAACCGGGCAGUGCCUCUGAGGCGCAGUGGAGGCUCCCUUUGGUGCCUCGCUUGUCUGAGGUGGAAAAAGUCUGGCAGUUGCCGCCCAGACCCGUCAGGGCGCCCUUUGUUUCAACUAACGUGAUUUUUGGUCACUCCACAGACUCGUCUGCGGGGAAACCCGUCAGUGGGGAGCAGAUAGCUAAUCUGCGAUGCCAAAAUGGCAAAUCGGAGAUGAGUGGUUGUUUGCAGUCUCUCCCCUCACAAAGUUUUGAUUCUGGCUUGAGGGCUUCUGGAAGGUCCCCUGAAGCAGGGCUGUGUGACAACGAGGUUUUCAGGGCGCACUGCGGCGAUGGCGCUGAAGCCCAGGCCGGUUCGCUUCUGCCCAACGCCUCUCUACACGAUUUACCUGGAGUUGAGGACGCGGACGGAAACCAGUAUUUAGUCCAAGGGAGAGACAAUAUUCAGGAAGACCACUGUUGUGUAAAACAGACAGAAAACCUAUUUAGGGAUGUCACCUUUCCCAAGGAAACCAAAUCAACAUUUCAUGAUAUUAAGAACAGGUGUAAAGUUGACAGUGUUAGGCCAUCAAAUAAAAAAGAAAAUAACAUUUCAGCAUCAACACUAAAUAUCUCAAAAUCUCAAAACCAGCCCAGCAUAGAAAUCGCCAAAGCCAGCUAUUUUAGAGAUAGCAGCACAAUAAGUAUCCCUGAGUUUCCAACUGAUUUAAAUAGCAAAAUGUCCUCCGUCUAUUUAAAGGAAAUAGCAAAGAAAAAGAAUGACAAAAACGAGGCAUAUGUUAGGGAUUUCACAAACAUUUACUGGUCCAAAAAUAGACCUGAUGUUAAGAAGCAAAAGUUACAGGAUGAUAAAAACAUUGUGGAAGCCGAUGCAGAAAAUAUUUUUUCUGCAUGCUAUGAAAGUAACCACCAGUCACUCAGCAACCAAAAUAUUUGUGUGAGAAAAAAAGACUUGAUCAGUUUAAACUACUAUAACCACAGUAGUAUCAUAUCUGAUGUAACAGACUCUGAAAAGGAUUUCACUAUAAUACUAAGGAAUGCAAACUUGGGAGAAGUAGAAACAUGCCUGGACAUUUACAUUUUUACCGGAUCAGAAAACUCUCAAAGCCAGGACUGUAACAUUAGACAUGUUUUGGGAAAAAAGGGGGCAAGUUGUUGGAUUAUGGAUAAUUACAAGACUCAAAGUGAAAAUACUAAGACAACUGGAGAAAAAAUGAAUUUUCUACAAUUAUUAGAAAUAGAUAAUUUAAGCAAAGAAGAUUAUCACUAUCCAAAAGCCAUGAAAACACAUGAAAAACAACCCAAACCGCUCAUGGUAGGAACACUUGGUAGCCAAAAGGCUUUAGUAAUUUUAUUUUGGUUAAAUGGUAAGGGAGAAAAUGGUAAUAUGCUAGAGUUAAAAUAUACUACACAAAAAGACUUUCAUUUAAACAAUAUUUUUAGAAGUUUCAUUAUGGCAAUUUUUUAUUUUCAUGAAAAUAUUUCAGGAAAUCAAAAAGAUGAUAAUAUUUUAAUCUGGUGUGAAAAUUUCAAGGAUAAAAAGGAAACUGAUCUUCAAAAUCUAAUAACUAAGAAUAUGAAUGUCAUUAGAAAGAAUAUGUUAUGCAUGUAUUUACAAACUAGUGCUUCAGAACCUUUAAAUAGCAUAUUGAAAAACAACAUAACGUCUUUGCUCAGUAACUGUGAAUCUUUAAUGAGAAUUGAAAAUGAUUCUAAGUUAGAGGAGCGAUGCAUUGUCAAAUGGUUAGUGCAUUUGCAUUUUUCAAAAAACAUAGAGGAAAAUCAUAUUGUAAAGCUAGCAAGGAUUUCAACUUUUUCAAGACUAUUAGAAGAUAUGAAACCUAUGUUAGAAAAAAAGUUAUUUAAAACUGAUCAAGAUUUUGAGGAGUCUAAGAAAAAAACCAUCAAUUCCUUUUGUCUGACAACUAAAAACAAACAUAUUCCAAUUUUUGAAACAUACGAAAAAAUUCCUCUUUUAAUGGAUUUUGAUGAUGAGGAGGAAAUUUCUUUGACAAAAGAAAUUUACAAGAAUAAGAGUUUUCCUGAACAAUUCAUAAAUGAGGAAAAUUGGGUUCACUGUAGUCCUAAUACUGUUACAACACAUGUUAAGUCUGGCUCUCCAUUUAUACAGAAAGGCCGUAGACACGUUAGUGAAAAAUUUUAUGAAAUAAAUACGUACAACCCAGAUUUAGACACUGAAAGAAAACAGGAGUGUGCUAAGAUUAGUAGCUUUAAUUUAAAGUGCAUAUUUGAAGAUUUCUUCACUAUUAGGCAACUGGCCAUACCAACAAACCCCGACUUAAAACAUAGUGAACAAACCAAUCCUAGGACUCUAAUCGAAGUGCAAAAUGUUAUGAACUUGCUAAGUGAAAUCAAAGGAAAAAAACAUGACUUAAUUUUGAAGGCAGAAGUAAAAGUCAUGGCACAAAGUUUACCCAACAGUUGUCAAGUUAACAAAGAUAUUAAGAUAGAAAAGGAAGAGAAAAGUAAUUUCUAUUCAGUGGAUGGCAUGUUUUCUAUGCAACCAGUUUCCUUAAUGAGUAAAAAAGUAAAUCUGGAAGAAACGAAAUAUGUUAAUCAAAAUAAUGUGGCUGACAGAAAUGAAUAUGAGAGUGUUUUGCAAGACAGUGAGUUGGCUACUUCAAAGCAUUUUCAUCCAAAGAAUGAUUCUACAGAAUGUGUUAAUCAUCAAUUUGAAACUGAUUUGAGUCUAGGGAACAAUGAAUGUUUUCAGGACUUAACUGCUGAGUGUUUAUCAACAGAAGCUCUGACAAUAGUGAAUGAUUGUGAGAUGAAGAGUAAAUUUGAUUUAGUACUUGAAGAACUUCAUAUGUUUCACGAAAUUAGUAAGGAAAACAAAAUUCCAAGUGCUGUGGAAACAAACAAUGGGCAAGAAAAUUACUUUAGAGAAAAGAAUGAUAUUGAAGAGGUAAAAAUGGAGAUAAAAAAAGAUUUGAAAAUGGUUACAGUCAACAAAGUAUGUGAGUCUUCCUUGCUCUGUGAUGCUAGAACAUGUCCUAACAUGCCUAAAAGACACCGAAGUUUAUUUAAAUGGAAAACAAUACCCGAUCGUGGAGAACAGGAAGUUCCAAAUGAAUAUAGCUGUCCAAGAACCCUGGAAGAGGAAUUUUAUUCUACGUCCAAGGAAGACUGUGAAAAACCUUCACCUAAAAGGCCUGCUUAUUUCUCUGAUGAACUUGAGGGAAAAUCUACUUAUUUACUGAAGGGAGGUAGUAAUUUUUCACAUGGAAUUUCAAGAGUACUACCUCUUAAGACCUGCAGUCGACCAAUAAGAAUUGGUUUGUCAAGAAAAGCUAAGCUUAAACAACUUCAUCCUUAUUUGAAGUAAAUGUUAUGAGAACUUAAAAGAAGGCACUGGACUUUAAUAUUUCAAAACAUUUCACAUUUAUAAAUCUUUUGUCUCUUACUUUGGUUAAAUGCUUUCUCCUGGUUGAGAGUUUUGAGCUUUAUUUAUUAUGAAGUAUGCAGAGGAUUUAGUGUGUGUGUGUUUUUUUGUGUGAAUUAGAUAAUUGCCUUUAAAUGUUUAAAAAAAUUUCAUUCCUGUUUUCAUAUUAUUAUAAUAUGUACAUUAAAAUCUUUUCAUGAUCUCAUAAAACAU